AGUUAAGGACGUUCGGGUCUAUGUUAACCCUGCCCUGUCCGGCCAGAAUAAACCCUUGAGAACCCGAGGAGGAGAUGGAGUCUGCAAAUACUUUGUGUCAAGGUGGAGAGUGCAAAGGAGGUGUUUUAGCUCACCUGGAAAGACUAGAGGCUCAAGUGAGCAGAUCGCAUGCAAAGUCUGAAGAGCCAACAGUUCAGGAAAAGGAAAGUUCUCUUAGAACCAAGAUUCACAAACUGCGGCAACAACGAGAUAAGCUGAGGGCUGAAGUGAAGCAACGGCGAGCCAGAGUUAAAGCAUCUUCUGCCAAUGAAGACCCAAACAAAACUGUGGAGAUCAGUGAGCAGGAAGUUCUGGAGAGGCAGUGGGAAACCAUGAAAGCCACUCUGCAGGCAUACCGCUUUACAGGCUUGAGCGGGAAGCUGACCAGCCGCGGGGUCUGUGUGUGUAUCAGCACUGCCUUUGAGGGGAACCUACUGGAUUCCUACUUCGUGGACCUUGUCAUAGAGAAACCACUCCGGAUUCAUCACCAUUCCAUCCCAGUCUUCAUCCCUCUAGAAAAGAUAGCCACGGCAUACCUACAGACUGAUAUCCAGCACUUCCUGUUUAGUCUCUGCGAGUACUUAAAUGCCUACUCAAGGAGGAAGUACCAGGCAGACCAACUUGAGAGUGACUUCCUCCCCUUCCUCACGGGACCGGUGCAGAGAAACGCCCUGUGCAACCUGCUGUCAUUUACCUAUACGGUGGAACAGGGGUGCCAGACCUCCUUCAGUGCCAGGUUGGUGUAUGAGGACCUCACAGCAAGUCUUCCCACGGAUGUCACUGUGACAUGGCCAGGGGCGGAAGCACCAUCCCCUCACUGGGAAGAGCGCAGAGCAUCCCACGAAGUGCUCUUCCGGACCAAGCCCCUGCACCAGGUGUUUGCUUCAUUUUCCAAAGAAGUUGAAAAGCUGGAUUUGAGUCUGGUCUCCUGAAAGACGGUUUCUAUUUGGGACACACCUGAAGUCCAGGCCCUGCCAACAAAAGCUGUGGAGAGAGCCCUUGCUUGGACACCAUGAGAACGUGAGGCGAUUUGGACAGUUCUCCAUGAUUGCCUGGUCACUCGGUACAGUGCCACAGACCAGCUCUUCCUCUGAGUACCAGUGUUGAUUUGA